AUGUUUGAAGAUCUUGGCAUACCCACAAACGACGAAUUGCAAAAGCUAUUUGAAUCCACCCGACCCGCUGGAAAAUUGUUGAUGGAUUUAAUCCUCGUUGCAGCAGAACGCAACCAGAAGGUCGAUGGGAAAUUACCGGUAUUAAGUCUAUGCGAGGUCGUAACUGCCAUACGAGAAUUCAUUGGUCUCGACCUUUCCAACGACGGUGUACUGGUGCCUAAGGAGUAUGCCAACUACGUGGAAGAGGCAAAACAAUUUUUGGAAAGGUCGGCACAUCCUACAAAAAAUGUGCGACGUUAUUUAAAGAAAUUCGAUGGUAUUAAUAACAGAAACGUAGCGGAUUUCAUGCAAGUUGUAUUGUUCAUUGAUAAACAUACCGAACACUGUCCCUAUGACACUAAACACUAGCUCCGUCGAAGAUAGUACUCACAAGCUUUAACAACAUUAAUCGGGCAUGUUCAACGACCAUAAUGAU